UCAUGUCAUGACAGACAUUUUGAAAGGUCUUCGGGCUAAUCUGCCAGUUAAUAAAACAAUAAAAUCUAAAAAUAAGAAAACUAUUUGACCUAAACUCCAGUUUCAAAAGACUACAUCCAGGUAACAAGAUAGGCAGAUCUAAAGCACCGUGCGGUGAGCGACUCCCCGGUUGCAAAAACCACUGGACACGGGCAUACACUCCUCGAAGAGACGAAGAAACUGGAGUCCCUGUAACGGACUUUUAAGAGUGGGAUGUCAGAAAAGAGCACUCAUCUCCCCAGUGACGGGGGCUCCGACAACGGGAGGCCGGACGCGCACAAGUGCGCCUCUCCUCGCGGGGCUACGGUCAGCUUCCAUAACAUCCACUACCGCGUGGAAACGAGGAGCGGAGUACUGUGGAAGAGGAAGGUCACUCACAAAGACAUUCUCGUCGACCUCAAUGGAGUUAUGAAGCCCGGACUGAACGCCAUAUUAGGAGCUACUGGGAGCGGAAAAUCAUCGUUUCUGGAUGUGCUGGCAGCGAGAAAAGACCCCACUGGACUGUCUGGAGAGGUGCUGAUUGAUGGGGCACCCCAACCACCCAACUUUAAAUGUCAGUCUGGAUACGUUGUACAGGACGAUGUUGUUAUGGGAACGCUAACUGUGCGUGAGAAUUUGUGUUUCUCAGCAGCGCUAAGGCUUCCGAUGUCGAUCAGUCAGAAGGAGAAAGAGCAGAAAGUGGAACGAGUCAUCGACGAGCUGGGACUGAAUAAAGUAGCUGACUCACGGGUGGGGACACAGCUGAUUCGUGGGAUUUCAGGGGGUGAGAGGAAGAGGACGACCAUUGGGAUGGAAAUCAUCAUCGAUCCAUCUGUGCUUUUCCUGGAUGAACCUACAACAGGACUGGACGCCAGUACAGCAAACUCAGUACUGUCACUCCUGAAGAGGAUGUCGAACCAUGGCCGCACCAUCAUCCUGUCCAUCCACCAGCCACGUUACUCCAUCUACCGGCUCUUCGACAGCCUUACUCUGCUGGCUGGUGGCAGGCAGGUUUACCACGGCCCUGCCCAGAACGCCUUAGACUACUUCACUGAUGUAGGAUUCACUUGUGAACCUCAUAACAACCCUGCUGACUUCUUCCUGGACGUCAUCAAUGGAGACUCCACUGCUUAUUCGCGAAGCAAGCCACAGGACAACGAGGAGCUGGACGGGGAGCAGGGUGUCUCGUUCCGCCAGGGCAUCGAGCAGCGCCUCGUAGAGGCCUAUAAGAUGUCCAUCUACCACAGGGAGACCAAGGAGGAGCUGGAGAAGAUCACACAGGGCCACAACUGCAGAGGCCAGCCCGAGACCCGUACCAUCACCUACAACACUUCCUUCACUCACCAGUUCAAAUGGGUGUUGAGAAGGACCUUCCGGAACCUCAUGCUCAACCCGCAGACGUCCUUCGCGCAGAUUGGAGUCACCAUUUUCUUAGCUUUGAUUGUUGGUGCAAUCUUUUUUGGUGUUUCAAACACCUCAAGUGGGAUCCAAAACAGGAUGGGUUCUCUGUUUUUCAUCACCACUAACCAGUGUUUCAGUUCGCUGUCCUCUGCUGAACUCUUCAUCACGGAACGUAAACUCUUCCUGCAUGAGUAUGUUAGUGGUUACUACAGAGUGUCCGUGUACUUCCUUAGUAAGAUCCUCUCUGAUAUUCUCACACUACGCACUGUACCAGCCAUCGUCUUCAGCUGUGUUGCCUAUUGGAUGAUAGGUUACAAACCGGAUGCAGGGACAUUUUUCACCUUCAUGAUUACUGUUGCCAUGACGGCAUACACAGCAACUGCCAUGACGAUGGCCAUCUCUGCUGACCAGACUGUGGUGGCCGUUGCAAACAUUUUCAUGACCAUCAGUUUUGUGUUCAUGAUGAUUUUCUCAGGCUUGCUGGUGAAUUUACCCAGCAUUCCUGACUGGCUGAACUGGUUUAAAUACUUCAGCAUUCCCCGCUAUGGCCUGGCUGCCCUGGAGGUGAACGAGUUUGUUGGGCUGGAUUUCUGCGAUGUUCGUCCCCUUCCCACCGGUGCACCUAGACUCAAUACUACUGUGGCAAACAUCACUGUCUGUACCUCAGGAGAGCAGUUUCUCAUGGAGCAGGGCAUUGACUACUCCACGUGGGGAUUGUGGCAGAACCAUGUGGCUAUGGCAACCAUGACCAUCGUCUUCCUCAGCAUAGCAUACUUCAAACUGCGCUUCAUCAAGAAGUUUACAUAAAUACACACACACACACACACACACACACACACACACGGUUCUUCCCUGAUGUUCCUAUAAUGACAUACCUCCCAUGCACUUGCAGCCUCUCUGCACUUCACAAUCCGGCACCAAAUACAGAUUUGGGCUGCUGUUUUCACUCUUGUGAUCUGGAGAUAAGAGAACCACAGAAACGUCUGUGGACCGCUGCACAAAGGUGUCGCGUCUUCCUGUAGUUAAAGUUUGCACUCCCUGGAUAUCAUCCCUGGAAUUCCAUCCCUGCAGGAAAAUUCUCUCAAAGCUGCUUCCAGAUGCUUCCAAUAAAGCUGCACCAAUUUAUAAUUUUUGUUAAGGUUUUCUGUACGAUAGUCCGAUGUAUGGCACUAGAUCAGUCUCACGGAUCUACUCUCCUGCAAAGGUUAAUUCCAGCUCAAAUCUGGUUCCUGCAUUCUUCACUGUUCGAUUCAGUCUUAGAAUAACAUUGUUUAUAAGUAAUAUUAAAGCCAGGAGUGUUAUAUUGGAGUUUAAAUCAUUCAAAGGUUAUAAGCAUACAGGUGGAGACAGUCAUACAAGAAUAUUGACUCACUUCCCUGACCAAAAUAUUUCAUAUUUUUGCGUUGUGACUUACUGCUGGUAUUUGAUGGCAUUGACUUUUUUAUAUUUUAACAUUAAACCUCUCAGUUGGAAUGAAUGUAUUAAUAUAGACUAAUAAACAUUUCAUAUUGCGAUCAGCUUAAAA